GAGACGAGUGUGGAGAGUUUUAGCCGAUCCUUCAUGGAGUUUUUAUUUUCCUCUUUUUUUAUUUUCCGUAUAGAAUUAGGGCGUCAUGAUAACUUCUAAACUUCCCACCGCACUUUUUCUUAAACGGAAGUGUUUACCGACAGCCUGGUAGCGUCGUUUUUCCGAGACUAUAGAUGAGUUACGGUAAAAUAUUAACUUUGAACAUUUUCCAUCCCCCGGACCCCGCGGAUCCCUCAUAAUGGAAUCCAGACAGAGAAAAGGCUUCGGAGGGUGGCCAGUGCUGAGUCUAUGGUUUUCUCUGGCGUGCUUUACAGGCGCGACCGCGCAACUCAGCUACUCUAUUUUGGAGGAGCUAAGACCCGGGGCUGUGGUCGGGAAUAUCGCUAAGGAUUUGGGCCUCACGGUUCAGAGGAUAAUUCAGAGAAAAUUGCGGGUGAUCUCGGAAUCUAACGCGCAGUACUUCGAGGUAAACCAUGCGACUGGGGAUUUGGUUAUUAGACAGACAAUUGACAGGGAACACAUGUGCGAAUUAAGUUCAACGUGUUCACUACAUCUUGAGAUUGUACUUGAGAACCCUUUAGCAAUACAUCGGGUUCUUGUGGAUAUUGUGGAUGCGAAUGACAAUGCGCCGCAGUUUUCCACUAAGAAUAUUUCCUUGGAGAUAUCAGAGGCGGCCGCGCCGGGCACUCGGUUCCGACUGGAGAGUGCGCACGACCCAGAUGUGGGUAUCAACUCUCUGCGCACUUAUCACCUCGCACCCAACGACUGCUUUGUUUUGAAUGUGGAAAGGAAAAGUGACGGGAGUAAGUUCCCGGAAUUAGUUUUAGAGAAGGCUUUGGAUAGGGAGACGCAGGCCUCGUUUCGCCUGUUGCUCACCGCGGUAGACGGGGGAAAGCCGGAGAAGUCUGGAUCCACUCUUUUACUUAUAAAAAUUCUGGAUGUCAAUGACAAUGCGCCCGUCUUUGAAGAGCCGGUGAAAAAAGUUAGCAUUUUGGAGAAUGUUGAACCGGGCACUUUAGUAACGAAACUGAACGCGACCGAUGCGGAUUACGGUCAGAAUGGGCAGAUCUCCUUCCUGUUUAGUAAAUACACGCAGGACCGGGUGCUCAAGCUAUUCAGCGUGGAUUCUAAAACCGGGGAGAUCCGUGUAAAUGGCCAGGUGGACUAUGAGACAGCGAAUGAAUAUCACAUCACCGUGCAAGCCAGGGAUGGGGGAACCCCCGCCAUGGAGGGUUCCUGUAACAUUAUAGUUGACGUCACUGAUGUGAAUGACAAUUCUCCAGAGGUAACGUUGACGUCACUGACCAGUCCUAUCAGAGAGGACGCAGCUCCUGGUACAGUCAUCGCCCUCAUCAGUGCAAGGGACCUGGACUCUGGUAAGAAUGGGGAGGUGACAUUGAAGGUCCAGUCCGGCCUGCCCUUCAAACUCAACUCUGCCUUUGGUGAGCACUACAAUCUCGUCACCGAUGGCAACCUGGACCGAGAGACCAUGGCAGAGUACACUGUGGUCAUCAUGGCGUCUGACGCGGGCUCCCCUCCCCUGUCGUCGCGGACGACCUUCGUGGUCAAGCUAUCAGAUGUGAACGACAACGCUCCUUCAUUCUCCCAGCCCUCCUACUCAGUGGACAUCCCAGAGAACAACGAUCUCAGCACCCCCAUCACCAUGGUGACGGCCUCUGACCCGGACACAGGGGACAACGCCCGUGUCUCCUUCUCCAUCCUGCCCAGCAUGGUUCAGGGCUCCCCCAUUUCCUCCUAUGUCUACAUCAACCCAGAGACUGGACAUAUCUACAGCAUGCGUUCCCUAGACCAUGAGACCCUCAAUGCCUUCCGUAUCGAGGUGCAGGCCCGAGACGCCGGGGCGCCACCCCGGACUGCCAAUGUCACCGUGCAUGUGUUCGUAGUGGAUCUUAACGACAACGCGCCCCUCAUCAUAUAUCCGCCCUUCCCCCAGGACACGGGGCUGCUGCUGAGUGUACCCCAGUCGGCUGGGCCGGGUCAUCUCAUUAAUAAACUAGUAGGGGUGGACCCUGAUAGUGGACAUAACGCUUGGCUGUUCUACUCCAUCGCCCCAGGGCCACACGCUGGUCUCUUCCGCAUCGCCCCCCACACCGGGGAGCUCCGCACCGCCCGCAAACUAGCCGAGGAGGAGGGCGGCUCCGCCUAUGACAUCAUCGUGGUCAUCCAGGACAACGGCGAGCCCACUCUCUCCACCACUGUGGCCAUCACAGUAACCGUGGAGGAGAAGGGCACCAGCGACGCCGCCACGGACAACCGGAAGACGUCUGUGAUGCGUCGCACCGGCAUGCCUGACAUCACCCUGUACCUCAUCAUCUCGCUGGCCUGUGUCUCAGCCGUGUUCUUCCUCACCUUCCUCAUCCUCAUGGUGCGAUGCCUCCGCCACCGCAGCGACCUCGGAGGGACAGGCUGCUGCUACAGCCGCCACCGGCCCAGCAGGGCCCACCAUCAGAGACCCAGCAAGGACCUCCACCUGCAGCUCAACACAGACGGACCCAUCCGUUACAUGGAGGUGGUGGGAGGAGCUCAGGACCCCCCAGGAACACGGACCUACAGACCCUGCUACUCCACCAUCUCCAGCCGAAGUGACUUUGUGUUUGUCAAGACGCCCAUGAUGAGUCACAACAACACCCUCAGCAUGACACUCAACAGGAAGCACCUAAUGAACUCAGCCAUUGAGCAAAAGCCUCCGAACGCUGACUGGCGCUUCACACAAGGACAGAGACCUGGACCCAGUGGGGCUGGAGGUCCCCCUGAGAUGGCCAUGGGAACAGGACCCUGGCCCAACCCCCCCACUGAGGCCGAGCAGCUCCAAGCCCUGAUGGCUGCAGCCAACGAAGUGAGCGAGGCGACCGCAACCCUGGGGCCGGGCACCAUGGGACUAAGCACCCGUUACAGCCCCCAGUUCACCCUGCAGCAUGUGCCCGACUACCGCCAGAACGUCUACAUCCCUGGCAGCACCGCCACCUUGACCUCCAACCCCCAGCAGCAGCAGCAGCAGCAGCAGAUGGCAGCCCAACAUCAGGCCCUGCAGGCCCAGCCCUCUGAGGCCGCCCCUCAGCCUGAACCCCCCAAGGCUGCCCAGACCCCCACCUCCAAGAAGAAGUCCACCAAGAAGGAGAAGAAGUAGGAUGGGUGGAGGAUGGAUAGAUAUGGAAAAUUCGAUUAGAAAAGAGAAAACCGACCCGAUGAGGACUGAAACCCCCCCCCCACCCCACCCCCUGCGUCUCCUCUCAAUGCGUUUACCCUAACCAGGGUCUGGAUUCUAUUGGUCACGCUCAUAUGAUAACACGAAAUAUGGAGAUGUUUGCGAAUGUUUGUCUUUGGGCUCUUGAACCUGGAAUGCGUUGAAGGUUUAAGAGCGAACAGCGUUGACAUUUUGUUUUUGUUUUCUUUCUGAAAGCUAUCUAGAAACAGUUGUUUUUUUUUGUUCUAAAAAAACAAAACAUGUAUUAACAGUAUUUGCAGAUACGGAAGACUGGGGGUUCAGGGGGGAUUGUGUUUUGGUUAAAUCAAUACAUUUGGAUGCACUUCAGACACAACAGAUUGAGUGUAAACAACUUUGCUCAGAUAACAAGGAUUUGCCCAGUGAUGUAUUCACAGGUGGAUAUUUGAACGAUGUUCCAUAAAAUGUUUCAUGUUGGAUUAUAAUUAUAAUUCCUUAUUUUCCUGAGACUGAAAGUAGAUCCUUGUUUGACUAUAGUAGAUUGCCAUGAUAAGAUUCCUAUAUAGGAUCAGCCUUAUAGGGUCCUACACCACAGCUCAUUGGGACACGGGAAUGGGCAUUCCAUUGUACUGGUACAGUAGUAUUCCGAUCUGCAUGUCCCUAUGUGUUCAAACCACAGACCUUCCAGAAGAUUCAACUAUGCAUUGAAUUAGUGUUGCAAACGAGGACGACCACCUUAAAAAAAAAUACAGGUCGACAAAUGCCCUCGUAGCGUUUACCUGAUGUGGUAUCUAAAAACUAUAAAUAUUAUUUUGUAAGCGUAGUUAAAUGGUAAGAUUUGAAUCUUUCACUGUUUUUAUGACCUGAGCAUGAACCCUAUUAGAAAACUAGCACCGAGGAGGAGGGGCAUGUUAUAGUACCAUCAGCCCUAUUUUCUGGCUUGUUGGCAUGGUAGGCGCUGCCCCCCUUUUAAAACUACCCAGAUGGGUAUAGAGACCCUCCUGCUGUCCACCCAUGCACCUCUAUCCCCUCCUCAACCAGAUGAUGUGCCCUCCCCUCACUGGCUGUCCCACUUUGAGAGCCAGGCCAUAGAGAUGCACUGUUCAUACUAUAAAGAUGAGACGUAGGGUAAAAAUAACUUUGAAGUAGAGAUCUUUCACGGCGUGCUUAGGAGUUAGACACUUCUUAGGCCGCUAGGGUCUAGAUUGAGUGUUCAUCCCUUGCUACGUACCCUGAAGUGCUGAUGACUAUAUUUCUUGACGUGGGAAGUGUUUUUUGAUGACUCAGUAUAAGAUAAGGAUGAAGUCUUUUCUUUGUCGCCAGUCCAUCCGUCUGUCCGGCAACUAGCUGGACACUACUGCAUGAAGAGGCAGCUUGCAGGCUGGGUUCAAGGGGGAGUGGAGAGGGGUGGGCUGAGUGGUACGACGUCUGGGUUUGUACAAUUAGAUUGACGGGGAGGGGGGUGCAAUGACCUUGGCUCUACUCACUGAAUGUACACAGGCCCCACUGUUGACCCUCCCUCCGAGUCCACCCCGAAACGCGUCCUCUAAUGCACUGACCCAGGUUAGAGGUCAACAGAGCCAAGCACAUCCCUCCAUGUCACAGAGGAGAUACCACUUCAGAAGCAGGGAGGAGGGACAGAGUUAGCUCUUGGCUGUAUCUAUCCCCUCAGUGUAAAUGCAUUCUGGCAACGCUAACCUCAGACUCUCCCCUUGCUUCCAUCCCUCCACCCCCUGGUCCUGUGAAGGCUCUUCCCCUCUGUAAAUAAACACUAGUCCUGUCGAUGGUAUGAGCCAAUUGUUUGUAUAGUACGGACCACAUCCAGAAUUUUCAAACUAAAAGUCCUCUCUCCUCAAGGCGUGGCUUACUGGAAUGUGUUGUAUUUGUUUUUCAAGAAAAAUAAGAAAACCACAAUGGGGAAGAAAAAAAAAGAUCUCUGAAAUGUUCUUCAACAGUUUGUGUUGCAAUGUAGUAACUAAGCACCAUGAAGGCCAACUAACUAACUCUUCAGUGUAAAUAUAAAGAAAGUUGCUAAUAACUUUAGACGAUAAGUAAACAGAGUGACACACACGUAGACUAGUUAACUUGUGAUAUGUGUUGCGCAUAUUAUUGUGUUCAUUUUCUCUCUCUCUAUUUUACUACCCUGUAAAAGAACAGAAACAAAAAAAAUAUAUUGGAAAAAAUGUUUCUAUCCUUCUGUAACUUUUUUUUCUGUGCUUUAUCUUGUGGAUUUGCGCAAGAAUGCCUCUCUGUCCAUAUGAGCAAAUUAUUAUAAAUAUUAUGUGUGUGUGUACGUCCGUCCGCUGCUGAAUUAAUCCUCUCUCGUGCUGUAAUAUCUUUCUUAUGAAAUGCUUAGACCUCCUACGCUCCUCCCGGUGUUUAGUCUCUUCAUUUUUAUGCUAAUAUUUAUAUUGCUGUUUUAUUUUCUCUUGAACACUGACAUUUCAAAUAAAAGGCUCUGAAAUCAUUAAA